AUGUACGAACACCAGAUGAAAGUCGACUUAGGAGAAGAAAUGUACAACACCUGCGACGCAGGCUCCCUCUCCGCCAUCCUCGCAUACCUCUCCAACCAUAAACUCCAAAACCCCUCCUCUGAUCCCCCUCUCUCAACCAUAAUGUACGUCGCCGCCGGCAAGGACCACUCCCUCAUCGACCAACACUGUCUCGCCUCCGGCGGUAAAGUGACCAGUCAAGUCAUGGACCACAUCCGCAACAACCGCUCGAUCAAAACCUACGACGCCAUCCUCGCCGCCGAAGCCGUAGACGUCAACGACGUCAUGGGGUACAUGGGAGACAUGCUCACCUGGUUCGCGACCGAUACCGCACUGGCGAUGGUAGCCGAGGAGGCUUCGGUAGCGAUGGCUGUACGCUACUUGACAACCAAGCUGGAGAACAACACCGUGGACAUUACCCCGCACGCCGCAAUCCCUGGUAACCUCCUCCCACCAAGAGACGCAUCACCUUGUCCGCUCGAUGAAGACUGCGGCCCAAUAGUGGUCGGUCCAACUCCGACUACCACUUCGUCCAUUUCAGUUCCAUCAGCCACGACAUGCACAGUCCAUCAUGGACCGGUCCCUAUUGGCACAGAAUGUUUCGAGAGCGGACCUCAUGCGGGACAGUGUAUCACCUUCGAGUGUCUCGAAUUGCCAAAUGCUUGUGGUUGUCCAAACGCAUCGCCGCCAGCGGCAAGCAAGGAAAAGCGAAACGAAGCUGCUUCGUCUGACUGCGACAAUUUCAUCGGCGAGCCUACUCCCGUCUGUACUGACGAAGAUCCCAGACGCGGGCAAUGUUCUCAAACCACUCCACGCCGCACCGUCUUACCCACGCUCGUCAAAACAUCCUGCGAAUUGGACGGCUCGGGCUGUGUAUGCCUUGAUUGCGAGGAAGAAAAACACAACGAAUCUGAAGAUAUUGGGGAGGUCUGCUUUGUGAACGGAACAUGCGCUCCGACUAUCGAAUGCUUAGAGUUCCCUGAUUCCUCAACAUGUUUGACACCAAAGGAGAAACGUAGCGAAGCUCUUCCGAUCGGCUUCAUCUGCUUCGAAAACGGAACAUGCACAACCUUCGAAUGCCUAGAUCACCCUGAUUCUCCAGGCUGCGCGACAGAAAAGGAGAAGCGUAGUGAGGACGCACAAGUUAAGCGUGACGACUCAGCCUGGCCUAUGCGCGGAGGUUAUGGUCCAGUCUGCGUCGAGCCCGUUUGCGAGUCCUGUCCAGAUCUCCCCGAGUGUGCGGGUGUUCUCAAGCGGAGCCCACAGGAGACAUGUCACCAAUGUGGCCCGUCGUGA